CCAGUUGUGCCGUUCCGCAGUGAUAUGGAUUGCAGUGUAUGAUGGAAAGCUCUCAUGGUUCUUGUAGAAGUGCCUCCAGAGAGGUCUGUGCCAAAGCCAAAGUUGGAUGACGUGCUGGAGCCCCGCUGGUAUCCCAGUGGCCCUGUCAGACGGAUUGGGAAACUGGGAAGGAUUUCACCAAGGAUGAGGACGAUGACCAGACAAAAUGAAGUGCCUGAGAUCAAUGGAGAUUCUGUAGACAAGCCCGUGAUUCAGCAGGGCAACAGCCGCACACAGGACAUCUCCAACUUCCCUGAUGACACGGAGGACAUGAGAGCAGCUGGCGCUGCAGCUGAUAAAGAAGCCAACAAUGGGAUCCUUUUGAGAGAUGCCCCCAUGUAUUGCUUGAAGGGCGCUAUAUAUAUAUUUGUUCCCGUGAUCCUGGCCAUAAUCGGCUGUUUCAUUUAUAUCCGAUGGCGGAGGCAGAGACACCAGCAACUCACGGAAAUGGCGAAAGCCCGCAUUGCUGCCCGUGGUGGAUCACCAUAUGCAGACAGACGGAGUCAGCACCACCGGGCUCAACUGCCAGAACGUCCCGCCCGGAUGCCGCCCCCCCCGCGUUCCCCCAGCCCCAUCUACCCACCAGAAAGACCCCGCCGGCCGCCACCCCCACCACCACCCCCACCUCGAUCCUACAGGGGAUUUUAGCGGCCUUUCCUCCCUGCAGUCUGUAACAUCACCCUCCUGGGACAACAGCUUCUGCCAUCAGCUGUGACUGUCAGGGUUUCUAUUUAUCAAAUAAAUCAAUUAAAACAUCA